AUGACAACGCUAAGAUCGAAUUGGCCUUCAAGGUUAAGGCAACUUCUGUCGAGUGAAGGUGCCACUGGUCCUUCAAUCAAGCUGGAUUCUGAGCCUCCUCCUAAAGUCAAAGCCUUUAUUGAGAAGGUCAUCCAGUGUCCAUUACAAGAUAUUGCUAUACCACUAUCUGGCUUUCGGUGGGAGUAUGACAAGGGGAAUUUUCAUCACUGGAGACCAUUGCUACUUCAUUUUAAUACAUACUUCAAGACUUAUUUGUCGUGUAGAAACGACCUGACUUUGUUAGAUAAUCUAGAAGAUGACAGCCCAUUACCUAAACAUGCAGUUCUGCAAAUAUUACGAGUGAUGCAAAUAAUUUUGGAGAAUUGUCCAAACAAGAGCACCUUUGAUGGCAUAGAGCAUUUCAAACUUUUGCUAGCAUCUACCGAUCCUGAGAUUCUUAUUUCGGCAUUAGAAACGCUUUCUGCACUUGUAAAAAUUAAUCCCUCUAAGCUUCAUGGAAAUGUAAAGAUGGUUGGUUGUGGUUCAGUGAACAGCUCUCUCUUAUCCCUAGCACAGGGAUGGGGAAGCAAGGAGGAGGGCCUGGGAUUGUACUCUUGUGUAAUGGCAAAUGAGAAAGCUCAAAAUGACGCACUAAGCUUGUUUCCUUCUGAUGUAGAGAUUGGCUGUGAUCAAUCUAAUUAUCGCAUAGGUACAACUCUUUAUUUUGAAUUGCAUGGACCCAGUGCUCAAAGUGAAGAACUCAGUGCAGAUCAGAGUUCUCGUGGCUUGAGAGUCAUACAUAUGCCAGAUUUGCAUCUCUGCAAAGAAGAUGAUUUGUCAUUGUUAAAGCAAUGCAUUGAACAAUAUAACAUUCCUUCUGAGCUCAGAUUUUCGUUGCUCUCUAGAAUUAGAUAUGCUCAUGCAUUUCGGUCUCCUAGAAUAUGCAGGCUUUACAGCAGGAUAUGCCUACUUUCUUUCAUUGUUCUGGUCCAAUCUGGCGAUGCUCAUGACGAACUUGUGUCCUUUUUUGCUAAUGAACCGGAAUAUACAAAUGAAUUAAUUAGAGUUGUGCGAUCUGAAGAAACCAUAUCUGGAUCUAUCAGAACACUUGCAAUGCUUGCAUUAGGAGCCCAGUUGGCGGCGUAUACUUCAUCGCACGAACGGGCACGGAUACUUAGUGGAUCUAGUUCAUGUUUUGCUGGUGGGAACCGUAUGAUACUCCUGAAUGUACUUCAGAGGGCUAUUUUGUCAUUAAAAAAUUCUAGCGAUCCAUCUACUCUUGCCUUUGUUGAGGCACUUCUUCAGUUCUAUCUGCAUCAUGUGGUUUCAACGUCAACCUCUGGCAUGGUACCUACAUUCUUGCCGCUUCUUGAAGAUUCUGAUCCUGCACAUGUUCAUUUAGUCUGUUUUGCUGUAAAAGCCCUUCAGAAGCUGAUGGAUUAUAGUAGCUCAGCUGUAUCUUUGUUUAAAGAGUUGGGGGGCAUUGAACUUUUGGCUCAGAGAUUAUGGAAAGAAGUACAAAGGGUCAUUGAGUUAGUUGGAGAAAAUGAUAACAUGUUUCUCAUUGGCGAAAGCUCAAGGCAUAGUACUGAUCAGUUGUACUCCCAGAAGAGGCUCAUAAAGGUCUCCCUCAAGGCACUUGGCUCUGCAACAUAUGCGCCUGCAAACACUGCAAGAUCUCAAUAUUCUAAUGACAAUUCAUUGCCUGCUACUCUAAGCUUAAUAUUCCAGAAUGUUGAUAAGUUUGGAGGCGAUGUUUAUUACUCAGCUGUUACUGUUAUGAGUGAAAUAAUCCAUAAAGAUCCUACAUGUUUUUCUAUUCUGCAUGAUAUGGGUCUUCCUGAUGCUUUUUUGUUGUCAGUUGGAUCUGAACUACUUCCUUCAUCAAAGGCUUUGACAUGCAUUCCAAAUGGUCUUGGGGCCAUUUGUCUCAAUGCCAAAGGUUUAGAGGCUGUUAGAGAAUCUUCAUCACUGCUGUUCCUUGUUGAUAUUUUCACUAGCAAAAAGUAUGUCUUAGCUAUGAAUGAGGCUAUUGUUCCUUUGGCAAAUGCUGUGGAGGAACUUCUACGUCACGUGUCUUCAUUGAGAAGUACUGGUGUUGAUAUUAUCAUUGAAAUCAUCCAUAAGAUUGCAUCCUUUGGUGAUGAAAAUGGUACAGGAAUUUCUGGAAAAGCUAAUGAGGGUACUGCAAUGGAAACAGAUUCUGAAGUCAAAGAGAAUGAAGGCCAUGGUUGCCUUGUAGGCACAUCAUGUUCAGCUGCAGAAGGCAUAAGUGAUGAGCAGUUUAUUCAGCUAUGUGUCUUUCAUUUGAUGGUAUUGAUUCAUAGGACUAUGGAAAAUUCUGAAACAUGUCGGCUAUUUGUGGAAAAAUCAGGAAUUGAAGCUUUGUUGAAGUUGUUGUUACGACCCACUAUUGCUCAAUCAUCAGAUGGCAUGUCCAUUGCUUUACACAGCACCAUGGUGUUUAAGGGGUUUGCUCAACAUCACUCCACUCCUCUGGCACACGCCUUCUGUUCGUCUCUUAGAGAGCACUUGAAGAAAACAUUAACUGGGUUUAGUGAAGCUUCAGAACCUUUGUUGCUGGAUCCUAGGAUGACAAAUGAUGGUGGAAUAUUUUCUUCACUUUUCCUUGUUGAGUUCCUACUCUUUCUUGCUGCAGCGAAAGACAACCGUUGGGUGAGUGCGUUGCUUACCGAAUUUGGGAAUGGAAGUAAGGAUGUUCUUGAAGACAUUGGACGUGUCCACCGUGAAGUUCUAUGGCAAAUUGCUCUACUUGAAAAUAAGAAGCAAGGGAGUGAGGAAGAUGGUUCUUCUUCUUCUGAUUCACAACAGGCUGAACGGGAUGCAGGUGAGUCCGAGGAGCAAAGGAUCAAUUCUUUCAGGCAGUUACUUGAUCCAUUAUUGAGAAGGAGGACAUCGGGAUGGAGCAUCGAAUCUCAGUUUUUUGACCUUAUAAACCUAUAUCGAGAUUUGGGCCGUUCCACUGGUUCUCAACAUCGAUCUAUUUCUACCGGGCCGAAUAUGCGGUCAAGUUCCAGUAAUCAGUUGCAUCAUUCUGGAUCUGAUGAUAAUGCUGAGAUUGUUAAUAAGAAGGAAUCUGACAAGCAUAGGUCGUAUUAUGCCUCUUGUUGUGACAUGGUCCGAUCACUUUCAUUUCACAUUACUCAUUUGUUCCAAGAGUUAGGAAAAGUAAUGUUGCUACCAUCCCGUCGACGUGAUGAUAUUGUGAAUGUAAGUCCUGCUUCAAAAUCAGUGGCUUCUACUUUGGCAUCAAUUGCUCUAGAUCACAUGAAUUAUGGGGGCCAUGUAAAUCUUUCGGGAACAGAAGAAUCAAUAUCAACAAAGUGUCGGUAUUAUGGGAAAGUGAUUGAUUUCACAGAUAGUAUGCUAAUGGAGAGGCCAGAUUCAUGCAAUCCUGUUCUGUUGAAUUGCUUGUAUGGACGUGGAGUUAUUCAAUCUGUAUUGACCACCUUUGAAGCUACUAGUCAGCUGCUCUUUGCAGUUAAUCGGGUUCCUGCCUCGCCUAUGGAUACUGAUGAUGCAAAUGCAAAGCAAGAAGACAAGGAGGAUACUAAUAACUCGUGGAUUUAUGGCUCUUUGGCUAGUUAUGGGAAAUUGAUGGACCAUCUUGUAACAUCAUCUUUUAUAUUAUCAUCAUUCACUAAGCAUUUGCUUGCACAGCCCCUUACAAAUGGUGACACACCUUUCCCAAGGGACCCUGAGACUUUUAUGAAAGUCCUCCAAUCUAUAGUGUUGAAGACCGUGCUUCCUGUUUGGACUCAUCCCCAGUUUGGUGACUGCAGUUACGAAUUUAUUUCUGCAGUUAUCUCUAUCAUUAGGCAUGUUUAUUCAGGGGUUGAAGUAAAAAAUGUAAGUGGCAAUGGUGGUUCUCGUAUUACUGGACCACCUCCUAAUGAAACAACUAUUUCUACCAUUGUAGAGAUGGGUUUUUCGCGGUCUAGAGCAGAGGAAGCUUUGAGACAUGUUGGGUCAAAUAGUGUAGAGUUGGCAAUGGAGUGGUUGUUCUCACAUCCAGAGGAAGUACCAGAAGAUGAUGAACUUGCCCGUGCACUUGCAAUGUCCCUUGGAAGCUCUGAAUCUGACACCAAGGAUGCAGUUCCAAAUUCAAAUGCAAAUACAACUGCUCAGCAGCUUGAAGAAGAGAUAGUCCAAUUUCCUUCUGUUGAUGAAUUGUUGUCUACUUGCACAAAACUUUUGAUGAAAGAACCUCUUGCUUUUCCUGUCCGCGACUUGCUUGUGAUGAUAUGCUCCCAGGAUGAUGGUAAACAUAGAUCUAGUGUUGUCACAUUUAUUGUUGACCGGAUCAAAGAAUGUGGUAUAGUUUCUAGCAAUGAAAAUUACAUCAUGCUGGCUACACUUUUUCAUGUUCUUGCUUUAAUUCUUAAUGAGGAUCCCGUGGCACGAGAAGCUGCUUCCAAGAGUGGAUUUAUCAGAAUUGCCUCCGAUCUACUCAACCAGUGGGAUUCUAGUCUUGAUUGCAAGGAGAAACAGCAGGUGCCAAAAUGGGUCACAGCUGCUUUUCUUGCCUUAGACAGGUUGUUGCAGGUGGAUCAAAAAUUAAAUUCGGAAAUCACAGAGCAGCUGAAGAAGGAAGUUGUGAAUAGCCAGAAGGCAUCAAUUACUAUCGAUGAAGACAGGCAAAGCAAGUUACAGUCUGCAUUGGGACUCUCUAUGAAGUAUGCAGAUAUACAUGAGCAGAAGAGACUUGUUGAGAUUGCAUGUAGUUGUAUGAAGAAUCAACUUCCCUCUGACACAAUGCACGCCGUUCUGCUGCUAUGUUCCAAUCUUACAAGGAAUCAUUCUGUUGCCCUUGCUUUUUUGGAUGCUGGUGGUUUAAGUCUACUUCUUUCUUUGCCAACAAGUAGCCUCUUCUCUGGGUUUGACAAUGUUGCUGCUAGUAUUGUUCGUCAUAUUCUUGAAGAUCCGCUAACACUUCGGCAAGCAAUGGAAUCCGAGAUAAAACAAAAUCUUCUAGCUGUGCCCAACCGGCAUCCAAAUGGAAGGGUCAAUCCUCGCAAUUUUCUUUUAAAUUUAGCUUCUGUGAUUUCGCGGGAUCCAGCAGUUUUUAUGCAAGCUGCUCAAUCUGUGUGCCAAGUUGAAAUGGUAGGCGAGAGACCUUACAUUGUUUUGCUUAAAGACAAAGACAAAGUGAAAGAGAAAGAAAAGGAGAAGUGUAAAUCAUUGGAGAAAGAAAAAGUACAGAAUAGUGAUGGUAAGGUUGGUGUUGGGCCUACUAACGCAGAAGCUCCUGGCACUGGUAAUGGCCAUGGAAAAACUCAGGAUUCAAAUGCCAAGAGUAUCAAAGGUCAUAGAAAACCUAGUCAAAGUUUUAUUGAUGUGAUAGAACUGCUACUUGAAUCUAUAUGCACUUUUAUUCCUCCCUUGAAGGAUGACAAUGCAUCAAACGUACUUCCUGGCACCACAACAUCAAGUGACAUGGACAUUGAUGUUUCUAUGAAUAAAGGAAAAGGAAAAGCAGUUGCAACCACGCCUGACAGUAACAAAACCAAUAGUCAAGAGGCUUCUGCAUCACUUGCAAAGACUGUCUUUAUCUUGAAGCUUUUGACGGAGAUAUUAUUGAUGUAUUCAUCAUCAGUUCACGUUCUACUUCGACGAGAUGCUGAGUUGAGCAGCAGUAGGGUCACUUAUCAGAAGAGUCCUGUUGGUUUAAGCAUGGGCGGAAUAUUCUACCAUAUUCUUCAUAAUUUUCUUCCACAUUCUCGAAACAACAAAAAAGACAAGAAAGUUGAUGGCGAUUGGAGGCAGAAACUAGCAACCAGGGCUAACCAGUUUAUGGUGGCUGCUUGUGUCCGUUCCACAGAGGCAAGGAAAAGGAUUUUUAGCGAGAUUAGUUCUAUCAUCAAUGAAUAUGUUGAUUCAAGUCAUGGUGUUAAGCCUCCGGGCAAUGAAAUUCUGGUUUUUGUUGAUCUGAUUAAUGAUGUUUUGGCUGCUCGCACACCUGCUGGUGCAUGCAUCUCAGCUGAGGCCUCUGCCACAUUUAUUGAUGCUGGAUUGGUUAAAUCAUUUACUCGUACUCUCCAAAUUCUGGACCUGGAUCAUACUGAUUCGUCUAAAGUUGCAACUGGUAUUAUUAAAGCUCUUGAGUUGGUUAGCAAGGAGCAUGUCCAUUCAGCCGAUUCUAAUGGAGGGAAAGCAAAACCUUCUGAUCUACAACAACCCGGAAGAAUAGAUAAUAUUGGUGAUAUGUCUCAGUCCAUGGAUAUGUCUUCUCAAGCCAAUCACGGUUCUCGUCAAGCUGACCAAGUGGGGCCUUACACAGGUCAGACCUAUGGUGGGUCUGAAGCUGUUACAGAUGAUAUGGAACAUGAUCAAGAUCUUAAUGGGAACUUUCCUCCGGCCAACGAGGAUGAUUACAUGCAUGAAAAUUCUGAGGAUGCAAGAGAUGUUGAAAAUGGAAUGGAAAGUGUAGGUCUACAAUUGGAAAUCCAGCCCCAAGAAAAUCUUGAUGAAGAUGAGGAUGAGGAUGAUGAUAUGUCUGGAGAUGAAGGCGAAGAUGUAGAUGAAGACGAGGAGGAUGAUGAGGAACAUAAUGACUUGGAGCAUGAAGUCCAUCACUUGCCACAUCCUGACACAGAUCAAGAUGACCAUGAGAUUGAUGACGAUGAUUUUGAUGAUGAAGUGAUGGAAGAAGAUGAUGAGGAGGAUGAGGAAGAUGAGGAUGGUGUUAUACUCCGACUUGAGGAGGGCAUUAAUGGAAUUAAUGUUCUUGAUCACAUUGAGGUUCUUGGCAGAGAUAAUACUUUUCCAAAUGAAGCUUUUCAUGUAAUGCCGGUUGAAGUUUUUGGAUCCAGACGUCCAGGGCGGACAACAUCUAUCUAUAGUCUUUUGGGAAGAACUGGUGAUACUGCUAUACCUUCCCGUCAUCCACUCUUGGUUGAUCCUUCUUCCUCAUUCCCCCCCUCUAUGGGACAAUCAGAUAGUUUUCUCGAGAACAAUCCAUCAGGUUUGGAUAAUAUAUUUCGAUCACUGAGAAGUGGACGCCAUGGGAAUCGUUUAAACUUGUGGACUGAUAAUAACCAGCAGAGUGGUGGAUCAAACACUAGUGUUGUACCACAAGGACUCGAGGAGUUGCUUGUCUCUCAAUUAAGGCAACAAACCCUUGAAAAUUCGCCUAAUCAAGAUGUAGCAGAAGCGGGUUCUCAUGGUAAUGUUGAAACCAGUCAGGCACAAGAUUCAGGUGGUGCAAGGCCAGACAUCCCUGUUGAAAGUAAUGCUAUUCAAGGAGUUAGUACAACGACUCCUUUAAUAAUUGAUAACAGUAAUGAGGCUGAUAUCAGACCUGCAGGGACAAGAGAGCAAACAAAUGUAUCAAACACUCACUCGCUGGCUGUUGAGAUACAAUUCGAGCAUAAUGAUGGUGCUGGGAGGGAUGUUGAAGCUGUGAGCCAAGAGAGUAGUGGUAGUGGAGCAACUUUUGGGGAAAGCCUCCGGAGCCUAGAUGUUGAGAUUGGAAGUGCUGAUGGCCAUGAUGAUGGCGGGGAAAGGCCGGUUUCUGCAGCUGGUGAUUCACAGGCUGCACGCACAAGAAGAGCAAAUAUGCCUCCGGGUCAUUUUCCCCCUGUUGGAAGAGAUACACCUCUUCACAGUGUUGCCGAAGUAUCUGAGAAUUCAAGCCGUGAUGCAGAUCAAGCAAGUCCAGCAGCAGAGCAGCAAGCAAAUAGUGAUGCUGGAUCAGGAGCAAUUGAUCCUGCUUUUCUAGAUGCUCUUCCUGAGGAGCUGCGUGCUGAAGUCCUCUCAGCUCAGCAAGGUCAAGUGGCUCAGCCACCAAAUGUCGAGUCUCAGAAUUCUGGGGACAUUGACCCAGAGUUCCUUGCUGCCCUCCCUGCAGAUAUUCGAGCAGAAGUUCUAGCUCAACAGCAAGCACAGAGGUCAAAUCAGUCUCAGGAGUUGGAAGGUCAACCCGUAGAAAUGGAUACAGUCUCAAUAAUUGCAACGUUUCCUUCAGAUUUACGAGAAGAGGUUCUGUUAACUUCAUCUGAUAAUAUCCUUGCCAAUCUUACACCUGCCCUUGUUGCUGAGGCAAAUAUGUUGCGUGAGAGGUAUGCACACCGUUACAGUCGUACCCUCUUUGGUAUGUAUCCAAGAAGUCGUAGAGGUGAGACUUCAAGACGUGGUGAUGGCACUGGUUCUGACUUAGAUGCAGUAGGGGGACCAAAUUCUUCACGCCGGUCCAGUGGAGCUAAGGUUGUUGAAGCUGAUGGAGCCCCACUAGUUGACACAGAAGCCUUGCAUGCCAUGGUUCGGUUAUUUCGCAUGGUGCAGCCACUCUAUAAAGGCCAACUGCAGAGGCUUCUUUUAAAUCUUUGUGCUCAUAGUGAAACAAGAGUAUCUUUGGUGAAAAUUCUAAUGGACUUGCUAAUGCUUGAUGUGAGAAAGCCUGUCAGUUCUUUUGGUACUGUUGAGCCACUGUAUAGAUUAUAUGGCUGUCAGAGCAAUGUAAUGUAUUCACGUCCUCAGUCUUUUGAUGGGGUACCCCCGCUGCUGUCUCGGCGAGUACUGGAAACCCUCACUUAUCUUGCUCGUAAUCAUUUAUAUGUGGCAAGUAAUUUGCUUCAGUCUAGGCUUCCGCAUCCUGAGAUUAGAGAACAAAAUAAUGCUAGUGACGCACGUGGCAAAGCUGUGAUGGUUGUUGAAGACGAAGUCAAUAUAGGUGAAAGUAAUAAAGGGUACAUUUCCAUUGCAGUGCUUUUGGGUCUUUUGAACCAACCACUUUAUUUGAGGAGCAUAGCCCAUCUUGAGCAGCUGCUAAAUUUACUGGAUGUAAUAAUUGAUAGUGCUGGAAGCAAGUCCACUCCAUCUGAUAAACCAUUGAUUUCGACUUCACAGUCACCACCGGGUCCUCAAAUAUCUGCUGUCGAGGCAGAAACAAAUACAGGUUCUGAUAUUUUGACUUCUAAGGCUGAUGCAUCUACUACGGUUAAUGAUUCAUCCAAACCCACACCCGUUGAUAAUAAUGUGGAAUCUGAGUCUCAGAGAGUAUUGAGUAAUUUGCCACAAUCUGAGCUCCGGCUCCUGUGUUCGCUGCUUGCACAUGAAGGUUUGUCAGAUAAUGCAUAUACUCUUGUUGCGGAGGUAGUGAAGAAAUUGGUGGCCAUUGCUCCAACUCAUUGUCAGCUUUUUGUCACUGAGCUGGCUGAAGCAGUUAAAAAUUUGACAUCUUCUGCAAUGGCCGAGUUACAUGUCUUCAGUGAAGCUAUGAAAGCUCUUCUUAGUACCACAUCUACUGAUGGAGCUGCAAUUUUGAGAGUUUUGCAAGCCUUGAGUUCCCUUGUCGCAUCACUAACUGAGGAUCACGGUGAUAGAGUUACUCCUGCUGUUCUUUCAGAGGUUUGGCAAAUCAAUUCAGCAUUAGAACCAUUGUGGCAUGAGCUGAGCUGUUGCAUAAGCAAAAUAGAGUCCUACUCCGAAUCUACAUCUGAGCUCUUCACCCCAUCUACAUCAUCUGCUUCUCAACCGACUGGUGCCAUGCCUCCACUUCCAGCUGGCUCUCAAAAUAUAUUGCCAUACAUAGAAUCUUUCUUUGUGGUUUGUGAGAAAUUGCACCCCACACAGCCAGGUGUUAGUCAUGACUCAAGUAUUCCUGUUAUUUCUGACGUUGAGAAUGCCAGUACAUCCACAUCUCAGCAGAAAGUAUCCGGACUUGGUGUAAAAGUAGAUGAGAAAAAUAUGGCUUUUGUUAGGUUCUCAGAGAAGCAUAGAAAGCUUCUAAAUGCUUUUAUAAGGCAAAAUCCUGGUUUACUUGAGAAAUCUUUCUCCCUCAUGCUGAAAGUUCCAAGAUUUAUUGAUUUUGAUAACAAACGGGCCCACUUCCGAUCAAAAAUUAAGCAUCAGCAUGACCAUCACCAUAGCCCCUUAAGAAUAUCCGUAAGAAGGGCAUAUGUUCUAGAAGAUUCUUAUAAUCAGCUUCGCAUGAGACCAACUCAAGAAUUGAAGGGAAGGUUGACUGUUCACUUUCAAGGGGAGGAAGGUAUUGAUGCAGGAGGACUUACAAGGGAGUGGUAUCAAUUGUUAUCCAGAGUUAUUUUUGACAAGGGAGCACUGCUUUUUACUACAGUCGGCAAUGAGUCAACAUUUCAACCCAAUCCUAACUCUGUUUAUCAAACAGAACAUUUAUCUUAUUUCAAGUUUGUUGGUAGAGUGGUUAGUAAAGCACUAUUUGACGGUCAACUUUUGGAUGUCCAUUUUACUCGCUCGUUCUACAAGCACAUACUUGGGGUCAAAGUUACAUACCAUGAUAUUGAAGCCAUUGAUCCUGACUAUUUCAAAAAUUUGAAAUGGAUGCUUGAGAAUGAUAUUAGCGAUAUUCUGGAUCUUACUUUUAGCAUUGAUGCAGAUGAGGAAAAAUUAAUCUUAUAUGAACGGACAGAAGUGACUGAUUAUGAGUUGAUUCCUGGUGGACGGAAUAUCAAAGUUACUGAAGAGAACAAGCAUCAGUAUGUUGAUUUGGUUGCUGAGCAUCGGUUGACAACUGCUAUUCGACCUCAAAUAAAUGCUUUCUUGGAAGGGUUCAGUGAAUUAAUUCCCAGGGAGUUGAUAUCCAUAUUCAAUGACAAAGAGCUGGAGUUAUUGAUCAGCGGUCUUCCUGAUAUUGAUUUGGAUGACUUGAGAGCAAAUACAGAAUAUUCUGGAUAUAGUGCUGCAUCGCCAGUUAUUCAAUGGUUUUGGGAGGUUGUCCAAGACUUAAGUAAAGAAGACAAGGCUCGGCUUUUGCAAUUUGUGACCGGCACAUCCAAGGUGCCUUUGGAAGGUUUUAGUGCUCUUCAAGGAAUAUCAGGCUCCCAGAAGUUUCAGAUACAUAAAGCAUAUGGAAGUCCUGAUCACUUGCCUUCUGCUCAUACUUGUUUCAAUCAAUUGGAUUUGCCAGAGUAUCCAUCUAAACAACAUUUGGAAGAGAGGUUACUGUUAGCGAUUCACGAAGCAAGUGAGGGAUUUGGAUUUGGUUAA